GUCCCCCGUGAGAUACGGACGUCGUCACUUUGCGUUCCGACACCGCGGCGGAGGCUUGUCUUACACCGUUCCUGUUGUGUGUGUUAAAAAGUGGAAAGCGUUAAUGAUAAGGAUUUAUUUUCAACAUUCUAAGUGUUUCAAGUUUAUAUCGUAACCGGCGAAUAUAAGGGGGAAGGUAUGUUGAGCUACGCUUCCCCCACCGGGAUGCUGCCCGCCACCCACGCGCACGGCGCAUCGUGGGGCUCCCUGCUGCCACCGUCAUCGGUCAUUAAAUCGGAACCGAUGGACGAUGAAAACUAUUCGAAGGAGCAGAGCAGCGGAUUCUUUUCGGAGGACUUCCAGAGUACAUCGCCCUCAUCGAGCAAGGAAUCCAAUGAAAGAUCGCCACCUAGCAACGGGGAACCACUGCCUUACUACGAUAACUUAUCGUUACACGCCAAAAUGAAUUUGGGUGUGCACCUAGAAAAUUACAGCGGAAUACCUUUCAAUCUUCUCACCCCGCCGGGUUUCGAGAACCGAUCCAACGAUGAUUGUGAUCAACGUGGUGAUUACGAGGCGCACACACCCAAAUCUCUCGUGCCUCCUCACGUCUCGACGCCCCUGCAGCACGCCGACGCCACUCCACCUAAAUCACCCAGAACCUCAUCUCCGGAUGCGGAAAAUGAUAGAAGGCAUUUUGGCCGCUACCAUGAUUCCGGCUUCGAAGGCAUGGAUCAAAACAAAAUUGACAGCGAGGAUGGUCAUGACGGAUCGGGACCCGAAGACGACUUCGACGAGGAACCGGGUCUCAGGGUUCCCGCUGUCAAUUCACAUGGAAAAGUUAAAACUUUCAAAUGCAAGCAGUGCGAGUUCGUCGCUGUCACCAAGCUGUCCUUCUGGGAACACAGCAAGGAGCACAUAAAGCCCGAAAAGAUGCUGUGCUGUCAAAAAUGUCCCUUUGUGACCGAAUACAAGCAUCACCUGGAGUAUCAUAUGAGGAACCACCUGGGAUCGAAGCCGUUCCAGUGCUCGCAGUGCUCGUACUCGUGCGUCAACAAGUCCAUGCUGAACUCGCAUCUCAAGUCGCACUCGAAUAUCUACCAGUACCGAUGUGCCGACUGCAACUACGCCACAAAGUACUGCCAUUCCCUCAAGCUACAUUUGCGCAAAUACAAACACAAUCCAGCCAUGGUCCUAAACAUGGAUGGCACCCCCAAUCCUCUGCCCAUUAUCGACGUGUACGGAACUCGUCGGGGACCAAAACAGAAGCCGAUGACGAAGAUGUUCGAGCAGCCGCCGAUCAACAACAAGAUCCCACCACCGCCGACUUCCGGCCACCCUAUAUUCGGCCACCACUUCCCCGUCAAUCUUCCCUACAUACCACCUUUCCUUCAACACUCGUUCAUGUUCCCACCUAGUAACAAAUAUGAUGCCAGGUUGUCCCCCAACCAAAACGAGAGCACACCCGAGAAGCAGGAUGCGGUACCUCAGACGAUAAUGCAGAAGCGGCUGUCGGGAGAGAGGCCCACAGACGCGAGCGUAACUCCUCCCCUGGCCAAGUCUCCGAUGACCGCACCUCAAACCCCGACCCAGCGCAGCGUCACUCCCGUGCAGGGCCACGAUGCCCUCGACUUAACCAGCACGAUGAAGACCACCGAGCCGGCGUCCUCACCUUCUCGAGCGGAACGGCAGCAGCCCGUCACCCCGACCACAUCCCUGAAGAACAGAAGAAAGGGUCCAGCGUUUAAGCUGCAGCCCGUCGCCCUGAGGCUACAGCACCAGGACAGCAAAAUGGAGAACGACGCGUCCGACUGUGAAUCCGAAAAGUCGACCGAGGUCUCCGGGUCGGAGCAGAGCACCAAACACAAGUGUCAAUACUGUGAUAUCACUUUCGGUGAUCUCACGAUGCACACCAUCCACAUGGGUUUCCACGGCUACAACGAUCCCUUCAUGUGCAACAAAUGCGGCGAGAGGAGCCCGGACCGCGUGGCUUUCUUUAUCCACCUCGGCCUCGCCCAGCACGCCUGAACAUUAAUUCUAUAGAAACGCUCCUAGUCAUUCCUUUGUGUGGCACUACAAUGUGUAGUCGAAAACAUUUAACGUAAGUAAUAUAGCAAGGAUAGUUUAUUAAUUUAUGUAGCCAAAGAUGGACUAAAGUUUUGCCUUACCCUCGAUGUUGUGUUGUCGCAAAUUCUCAAACCAAAGCUCAACCAUUUUUGCUUUGUAAGAAGAUAUUAGAAUCUAGUUUAAUAAUUUUAAUUUACCUGAAUGUGUACCAAAAAUUGUAAAUAGUACGGUUAAUUUUGCAGGUAAAUCUUAAAGUUCAGCGUCUUCUAGAUAAGCUUCUGGAGUCAUUAAGCUCAAACUAUAAAAUGUUUAAAAAUUAAUUUUCCUGAUGACUAUCUUUUUCACACUUGAGUAGCUUAUUUAGGUGAUUACGCAGAAGAAAACUGUUUUAUUUCCCAUGAUUUAGAUUCAAAAUAGAAGCAAAAAAUUUACGAAAGGAAAUGAGCUUAUAUUGUAUUCAGUUUUUGUAGUUACAUCCUAGAAUAUUCGCAAAAUAUAUUGACCAAUAUGUACGUAAGACUGUAACAUUUAGUACAAAAAUGUGCAUGCGUUGGUUUAGUUUGCAAAAAUUUAAAUUACGGUAAUGAUUCCUAUAGCUAUAUUAGCAUGUAGAAUUGUACAUAUAUAUGUGUUUAACGCCUUUUAAUGUAUAGAGGCUUCUAUGACAAAUUAUUUAAUUUAUUUUUUUGUAAAAUUGAAUUGAUAUUACCAAAACGUACUGUACAAUGUGUCUAUUAAUUAUUUAAUCGUUGUCCGCUUACCAACAAUUUUUUGUUGAUGCGAUAUGAUACUGAAUUUUCUUAAGAACCGUGUAUUUUUUUUAACUUUAACAUUACAGAAAUGUUACAGUGUUUAUGAGGUGCCUAAUUUCUAUAUGUAAUUGGGCAACGCUUCUUAAAAUAGACAUUAAUAGACAUAUUGUAUCCUACACAGAUCAUGUGUAUAUAAAGUAUACAUAUAUAAGAUAAUAGAAAAGUCCAGAAUUGUCAUGAAUAUUAAAAAUACAACUUGAAUUCGUAUAGGUAUAGCAAUAGUGCUUACUAUGGGUUUGUUACGUGUAGUACGUUUGUUUAUUACAAUCAUGAUUAAUGUAUUUAUUUAUUAUAUGUUUGCUAGAAAAAUAAA